AUGUUGCCGGCCCGGCGCCCUCUGACCCGCACUUCCGGGAGCCACUUCCGGCUGUUUCGGAGCGUUACCGGAAGUUCUCCCGCGCCGUUGCCGUGGCGACCGCCGCCGCUUCCCUGCCCCUCCGCUUCCGGUCCCGUCCUGUCACCGCCCGUCGCGAUGGAGCCGGCGGGAGCCCCGGACGGCGGCAGGGACUCGGCCGCGGGCAGGCCGGCCCGUUACAGCCCAGGCACCCGGGAGCUGUUGAGAGCGAUGAUGGAGGASUUGCAGCUGACGCAUUCCCAGAAGCGAUAUCUCAUGGACUUUGUGAAACGAGGAGAUGCCUUACCCCUUCAGAGAUUUCCCCCAUCCAGCAAACAGCCAGCACCUGCUUCCUACCUGCCAGCCUGUCAGCCACGCAAGCUUCCAGCUAGACCACUUCUCCGACCUGCCAAGGUCUGCCAGGCAGGAGAUGCCUACACCCGAGAGAAAUUCAAGCCCCAGCCCAUGCGAGAUUUGGAAAAAGAGAAGAGAAGACUUCAAAACAUCUUAGCAACAGGGAAAGAUGAGGUGGAGGACAAGAUGGAGCAGGUGUUUGUUCAGAAAAAGGAAGAUGAGAUAGCUGAGCAUGACCGGUUUGAAGAAUUGAUGAAUGAAAUUCAGGAGAGGAGGGAAUUCCUGGCAGAGAUGGAAGCUCUAGGACAGGGCAAGGAGUAUGAAGGGAUUAUCCUCACUGAAAUCUCACAGAAAAUGCAUGAGAUGGAGAUCAUUGACAAGAAGAGAAGUGAGGAAAUGAGAAAGAUCAUGACAAAAGACUUCCCUGGUGGGAACAAAUCCAAUCUCGACGACUAGGCCAAGGGCAAAACACAAGUGCAAUUUGUUCCCAGCUCUUCUUCCCAGACUCGGCAUCAGAGACUGGUGUGUGUCGUUUUCAAAGAGGGGGCAGCACCAUCUGUUGCUUGAAACUAGAAGGCAGGACCAAUUGGUACAUUAACAGCAACAGAAGUUGUAAAAUCCUUCCCACAUGCURGAUCCCUUCUCACUCAAUAACAUUAAAGACAUGAAAACACAUAGCAACGGCUGCCAAACCAGGACAAUGCAGAGCCUUCUUUUGCCAGUGCAGUGCCUCAGAGUACAGCAAUCCAUCCACAGAAAUGUCAUUUGUUCCCAUCGACCCAGAGGUGGAGGAUUCUCAUGACAGCACGAUGGUAACACAUGCUGCCAACCCACACCUGUAACCUGCUUGCUCCUGGCCCCGUGACUCCAGGAAUGUCUCUGAAGAUGCAGCUGUGUGGCYUUGCACAAUCACGAGCCCCUGGCAUAGCUACAGGUCACUGCAACUGUGACCUGCAGCAUCAGCAAACCUCUGGUGGCAGCCCCAUUGGGCAGGGGCUCAGAACACAGCUGUGCUGUGCAGGGACAGGGGAUUUCAGCCCAGUGCCUGCUGCUCCUUGCUGUGGGCUUGCUGUGAUUUUUUGGUUUCUAAAAGCAUGGRAUGCAGAAUAGGCACUGUCUUCCCGCAAAGCCUGGAAAUGGCUGUUUGCUCACCUCAUCCUUACCUGCACCUCUGUCCUCCAGCAGCCUGAAGCAUGAUGCCCAAGUUUCCCUGUGUAAAUUCCAGCAUAAAGUCCAGUUUCCAAUUUCCUUAAGGUCCCAUCCUCUGCUUUUUAGCAAUACUCAGCCACUUUCCAAAAACA